CUUAAGAACAGAUAGGAAGAGGUAGCAUUUUACAUCCUGCACUUGAGAAUGGACUUUGACUACCAAAAGAUUAAAGAUGCUGAAUCUCAGCAGAGAGAAGAGCGAUUGAGCGCCCUUCCUUCCCAUUACCCAAGACCAAAGCCCCGUCCAUCUGUAGCUCCAGAGAACCAUCCCACAACCAAGAAACCUCCCGUAAAACCCCGGCGGAGCAUAAAGUGUCGUCCCACAGCUCAACAAGAGACAGAGCAAUUAAACCAGGGCCAGCAGAAGGAAAAUGAGACGACAGUGAAGCGGAUAGAUCCUGCUCUGGUUUUGGGUCCCGUGAGGCCCCUGGAGGCUCUGACUCCAUCUCUGCGCGCUCACACUCUGCUGUGGUUUGAAAGAACGCAGCUGCCACGACUGCACAGGCCAGGACAGCCUCUUCCCCGCUGGCUCCAUGGUUUCACUACACGCAGGGAAGCGGAACAGCUGCUGCAGGAUAAGCCACAAGGCUGUUUCCUGUUGAGGCUCAGCGAGUCAAAGAUUGGCUUUGCGCUGUCUUACAGAGGAGAAGACCGGUGUCGUCAUUUCAUAAUUGAAGAGGAGGAGUAUGGAUCAUCUGGUAGUGUAUAUCUAAUUGCUGGAGAACACAGCCGUCAUAGAAGCCUGGACGACCUAAUCAGCUACUACACCCAUAAUCCUGUGGGGCCUUUUAAUGAGAUGUUGACUGUACCCUGUAUGCAGCCUGAUGGGGGUUUUGCGGAAAUUAAUAGGUGGAGGGUGAAAGAUGAGGAAGAAGAGAGAAAUGGAAAAGCAAUAGAUCGAGAGGAGCAGACAAAACUGCCCAUGGCCAUCGGUCCAGCUGUUCUGAAUUCAUUACCCACAAACCCCUCCAGUAAGACCGCUUCUGCUACAGAAGAGCCUGUGCAGUAUGCAGCCGUGAGAAAGCCACUAAAAAAGACCCACUCGCUGCCAGAAUGCAAGUGUGGAACUGAAACAGCGCCUCCUGGGCUAGAAAAUGGCAGUUCUGAGGUUGCUGAAAGACCCUCAAAUCUUAAUCUAACAGGGGAUCAAAUUUCUCCUGUGGAUGUCCAGUAUGCUCGAGUUAACAAACCCCCCAGAGCAGUAACAGAAAAUACCCCCAACUUCAGUGCCCAACCUGACCUCCAGGGAGCAACAGCAGCCUUUACCCCUCCAUCCAUCCCAAACUUUGACACAACAGCAGCAGACCCAAAAUACUGGAAACUGGAGCCCAUGCACACUUAUGAAGAAACCCCCCACACACACAGUCGUCUAGAAGAGAUUGACUGCUAUGCCGUGGGGUGGAGGAGGCAGGCGGCAGGGGAUGAAGUGAACCUUCCAAAGAAUCAUCUGUAUUCAGAGGUGAACAUCAGGGGUGCCCAAGACGGCUUUGCUGUACCAAGACCCGGGCCUAGUCUUCCUCUAAGACCACCCCCAAGAUCUGCUCAUGGUCCUUUGCGACCAGAGCUCAGCGGGCAGAGUUUUGGUGUGUCCCCACUGAUGACUCAACCACAACACUCUGGUUUUCAUCAUUCAGAGGAAGCAAAUCUGAAUGCUUCCUCCAGCUCCAUUUAUGAGCAGAUUCCAGAAAGACCAACCAGCACUAGAGCAUGUCUGCCCGCACCAAAUCACAAACGCUGACCUCAGGAUUAUAUAGACCUUUGACUUCACCAAAAGAGUGUUUCAUUUGUAAACACUAUGUAUAACGAGAUUAAAACCAGCAGUGAUAU